AUGGCUGCCCUCGUCAUCCAACUCUUCUCAUCGAAAGGAUGCGGCGUCGACCUCGUGUUCCUGCAGCUUUCGCGCUUCGAGCCUGCCGAGCGCUCCGAGGACAGCACCGAAGAAGACCGACACUGUGAUCGCAUGAGGCAGCUCGGGGCGUGGUCGUUCUCGAGUGUAGAUUCCUACCACAUGAUCGGAUGGAUGAAGCCGGAGCUUCUGGACGGCAAACCACUGGUUGUCGCCGCGUGGCCCCAGAGUGGGGAGGGCGUGUGGGUGCUCACGGCCCGGGAUAGGGACGAGGCGGCGGAGAAGGGGCUGGGUCGCGUCUGGAACGCGUCCACUAUGGACGAACGGUGUGAGGUGGUGGAGAGUUUGGGUGGGAUAUUCUACAGCGAUCCAACGCUGUGCCCGGCUUGGAAGCUUGUAGAAGACAUGGAGACCUAUUACCCUUACAGGCAUGGUUAA